AUGGAUUCUAAAUUACAACCAAAACUAUUAAUAACGAAUAUAAGAGCUAAGUUAAAUGCAACAGAAGAGGUAAGCUCACUAGAUCUCUAUGAAAAAAGAAAGAGAUUGAGGAGAUUAAAGCAUUUAACUAACCGUGAUAGUAAAGAACCUAAAAAAAAUAUUAUACCAGCAGAAGAAGUUGAAAACCACAUUAUAACACCUGAAAAAAUUAUAGAUGAAAUCUCUAACGAAUUUUAUACGAAGAAAUCAGAUAGAAAUGUUAUAGAAAGUGGGAGUGAGUAUGAAGAUGACGAUAUUAUCGAUUAUGAAAAAAUUAUUAAGGAUUUCAGUUCAACAACCAAGAACAAUUUUCACGAUAAAAAACGAUUUCUUGAAAAUUUUCAAUUAACAACAUUCAAAGAUUAUAAAGAACGAGAAAUGGAUCGACAGGAGAGGUCUAUUAAAAAAGAUGCGAUUGCAUCGGCAUAUAUAUCCGCCGGUCGAAUAGACUGCCUUACGGCAGAAAAUAAUUGUUACGAGCGCAAAAGGGACGAAUCAAAUGACCAUACAGUCCCUACAUUUUUAGAAGAGUCCGGUGUGAUGCAUCCAAUAAAACAAACUUUUCUAUCGCGACUGAAGCUUACUCCAGUUACUAGAAAAGCAAGAGACGGUUACGAGAAAAUAUGGCAAGAAGUUUUAAAAGAAAGGAAACGUCGCGAAAAACCAUCAGGAAAUUCCCAAACGAAACAACGAAAACUUGAAGGUGAUCUUAAUUUAGGCACAAACGACCAAUUAAAACUUCUCAAUGAAAUAAAAAGUCAAGUCAACGAAAACAAUAAUUUAAUUAAAAAAAGACUAGACUCUCACACCGAAGCUGGCGAUAGCAUUAAAAUAUUAGCUGAGAAGAAUUUCUCUGUACUGAAUCGACUGUCCAAAAUGGCCGAUAUAAGUGUAAAGAUUUUUAGUGGACAAGAUACAAGAAAACGUGAUUUAACGCCAGGCUUUGACAGUGAAAAUAUCCAAGUAACUAAACCGAUAGCCAAUUAUACUCCAAUUAAGGUACCAAAUAUAUAUAAAACUCGUGUCUCUGAAACCAUAACUAGCACGGAGGAAAGAAAACCGCAAGAGAUGAUUGACGAUGGAGAAAAAUUCAGGGACGCCAGUUGUCAAACCUCAAACAACUCCUGGCCCGGCGUGGAAACCUUUAUUAAAAACUAUAAAGAGUAUGACACAGCUCGCAAGAAAGAAAUAUUGGAUCUAAAUCGUUGCAACACAACACUUCGUGUCGGGAGUGCAUAUGUGACUAGGAACGCGUCCCGAGACUCCGACAGGGCGAAGGCUCUAGUCGCUGAAAGGAAACAUUUGGCAAAAGAGGAGACCGCUGUAAGGAAGUCCAUAAAGAAAUUGUACAGCGCUUUAGAAAAUAUAAGAAGUCACAUUAAAUCUUAA